AUGACGACAAUUAAAAUGUUGACGAUAUCAGAAGAGCAUUAUCCUAAACCUUCAGUUCCUGAGCAACUUAUAUCACAAAUUCAGGAACAAGAUGAUGAUAUGCAAGCCAAAAAUAAAUUUCAAAUUGAUAAAAAUGAUUUAAUCUUCUUAAGAAAUGAUCCAAUUUACAGAUAUGAUGAAGAAGUUGAUAUUUUUCAAAUGUAUUUUGCGAAGGAAUCGGCCGGCUAUAGCCAUUCAGAAGAAGCUAUUAAAAAUAAAGUUCUUAUAUCUUAUGAUAAUGAUGGAAAGAUAUUCUCAGUCGAUAUUUUUAAAGCAUCAAAGAAUUUGUCCUGUCAUUUGUACGAUACUCAGAUUGAGAUAGAUAACAAACCACCUUUAGUUAUCUAUCCUAUCUAUCAUAAAUUUCGUGAUGAAUUGAGGGUUUACUUCCAUGGCUCCAUUCCACCUACAAUCAAAUUUGAAAAAUCUGAGGAAGAGGGCGUUGAAGUAGAAAUGGAUGAUGCAAAUAAAAUUGUUGCUUUAUUAUUUCAAGAUUCUAGUAAGAAAGUAAGAGAGGAUUGCUAG